GGUCCUUGGGGACAGUGGGCUAGGGGGCUGUGGGACGCGGGUGCCAGCGGCCCUGCCUCCGUACGUGACAAGCUGUCUGCUUCUUGUACUUGUCAAGAUAACGCAAGGGGCUGGGCGGGUAAGGGGCACCCCAUCACAGGGUGGUGGUGUUGCGCUUGAUAUUUUUCCGGCAAGACGGGAUCUGCGGCGUCAGUCUGUGGAUCUGCCAACAUGCCCGAGGCCGAGACAACUGCCGCAAUUGCUGAGGAGGUCGAUGCGUUUGGCUUUACCAUUCGGCCCGAUGAGGCGGCUGCAGCUGGGCAAGGCAAGGGCUCGGGUAAACGGGACCGGCGCCAUACCAAGAAACACCUACAAACAGUGCGACAGCGCGAGAUCAAGUGGCGCAAGAUGCUGGACCUAAACAACUUUCGGGGCGGCCAAUCCCGAGCUCAAGUGGAGGGCUUGCAACACGAAAAGUUCAGAUCCCGCUCUUUCAAGGGCAUUCCCGACUCGAUCCGUGGUGAAGCUUGGCGAGCCCAGCUUGUGGAUAUGGAUGCUGAACAAUACCCGACCGACGCAGAGCUCAACGAUGCCUGGGAGCGCUUUGAAGACCUGAUGCCGGCGGAAGAUACGCCCUUGUACAGUUCAUUUGAGGUCAUUGACAAGGAUUUACACCGCACCUUUCCUAACCACGAAUACUUUCGUCUGGCCGCGCUCCCUGAGCAAGCUGCUUUGCAAGGCCAAGCCCAUUCCUCCAACCCGAACGCGAAGACGAUCAUCUCAGGCCAAGUAGAAAUGCGAGGACUGCUGCGUGCAUUUGCCCACCAACACCCGGUACCGGGCUAUUGCCAAGGCAUGGGCAUGAUUGCGGGCCUCUUGCUGAUGUAUGCGUUACGCAACGAUGCCUACCGGAUGUUCUGCUCACUCAUUCGCAAGGAAAAGUACUUGCUGGACAUGUUUGCCGAGGGUUUGCCACGCGUACAACUCUUCACCGGGGCUUUGGACUGGUUGCUUCAAAAGAAGCUGCCCGACGUUGGUGACCACUUGAUGGGGGAAGGCCUCAUGGCCGUCAUCUACGGCGUCGACUGGUUCAUGUGCAAUUUUGCCAAGACACUGCCCUGGACCACAGUGCUGCGAAUCUGGGAUCGGUACCUCGUGGACGGAUAUUAUGUGAGCUUUGUAGCAGCUUUUGAGAUUGUGCGAUUACUACGACCCCAGCUCCUAGCGUCCAACGACAUGCAGCAGCAUAUGACGCUCUUGCGCAAUCUACCCAUUGAAGUGACGAGCGAGAGCGUGCUCAUCCCUGCCAUGGACAAGAGCAAACUUCGUUAUGAGGAUGUGGCGGCGGCGCUCGAGGCUAAUGGAUACAAACCAAUGCCCGACCUGCCUGAGCCACGGUUUAAGCCACCAAAACCGGCCCCCACGAUUGUACAAGCUGCUUCUGCACCCACUCAGGCUGAGCCUGUAACCAGCGCUGAAGCAGACGCCGGCGCGCCGGGCGCCCCAGUACGCGUGGCCGUUCAGCCCACAUCAGACAGCCCUAAGCAUGUGGCUGCGGCCAGUGAUGAAAACCAAGGCCUGCGUGUUGUGGAUGUGGACGACGCACUGCCAGGCACUGCCUCGGCCCUGCAACCAGCUCGCUCUACAGAGAGCAUCAUAUCAAAGUCUGAGUCCCUUGAUUUGGGGCCCAGUGAUUGGGUCUGAAGUUGAUCUGAGUUGUAUUUACGUACACAUCCGUUUCAAGCUAAUUGUAUCCACAAACCUUG